UUUCGACCAGCUGGGAGAAACCAGCCCUGGCCAUACAGGUUUUUGAACUAUUUUGUUUAGCUUGAAGAAAGGUGUGGAGGAUGAAAGAGAGGGGAGACUCCGAUUUGGGGGUUUCUUGCCACGGCCGGAGCUGAAGCCAACCGUUCCUGCUUUGUCUCCUGCAAUAGGAUACCGCCCGAGUGACAUGUUCAGACCCGGCGCUGCCGAUCCUGCGCUAGAGGACAGUGAGAGCAUGCGAACCGCUCAAACCCAGCGCCCUCGUCCCGUCUCUGAAGGAAGAAUCAAAGCUUACAUGGCACACAUUUGACAUCAUGCACCACCAGUGGCUCCUGUUAGCUGCAUGCUUUUGGGUUAUUUUCAUGUUUAUGGUUGCUAGCAAGUUCAUCACUUUGACUUUUAAAGAUCCAGACGUUUAUGGUGCCAAACACGAACUCCUGUUCCUGACAGCUCUCCCUGAAGUGGAAAGGAUUCCAGAGGAGAAACGAUUGUCCGAAAGAUUAAAGCCUACUGGGAAGGGGCUUCCUGAAAACCAGCCCGACCAGCCCGUAGUCCACAUGGAACGCCUGCAGCUGCUCAGCAAUGUCUGCAGAGACUCAGCGUUGAAGAACCUCUCCCACACCGCCGUCUCCAAGUUUGUCCUAGACCGAAUCUUUGUCUGUGACAAGCACAAGAUCCUUUUCUGCCAGACUCCCAAAGUGGGCAACACCCAGUGGAAAAAAGUGCUGAUUGUCCUAAAUGGAGCUUUCCCGUCCAUCGGAGAGAUCCCGGAGAGCCUCGUCCAUGACCACGAGAAGAACGGCCUGCCACGUCUGUCUUCCUUCAGUGACUCUGAAGUCCAGAAGCGGUUGAAAUCAUACUUCAAGUUUCUUAUUGUGAGAGACCCCUUUGAAAGACUCAUCUCCGCGUUCAAGGACAAGUUCGUCCAGAACCCCCGAUUUGAGCCGUGGUACCGGCAUGAAAUCGCUCCGGACAUUAUCAGGAAAUACAGGAGGAACCGGACGGAGACGAGAGGGCUUCAGUUUGAGGACUUCGUGCGGUACCUAGGGGACCCGAACCACCGGCGGCUGGACCUCCAGUUCGGAGACCACAUCAUUCACUGGGUCACCUACGUAGAGCUCUGCGCCCCGUGUGAGAUCGAGUACAGUGUAAUCGGGCACCACGAGACCCUGGAGGAGGAUGCUCCGUAUAUCCUGAAGGAAGCCGGGAUAGGCCAUCUCGUGUCCUAUCCCACCAUUCCGCCUGGCAUUACAGUGUACAACCGGACCAAGGUGGAGCGCUACUUCCUGGGAGUGAGCAAAAGGGAUAUCCGCCGCCUGUACGCCCGUUUCGAAGGAGACUUUAAACUUUUUGGAUACCGGAAGCCAGAUUUUUUGCUCAACUGAUGCCUGGGAUCCGGGGACUGGAAUAUCUUUAUCGUGCAACACGGAAGCCAGAACUGACAUAGCCGGGACUGCACCUUUUUUCCGCAGGUUCCGGACUGUUCCCGCGGCCAGAUGGCUCUUUUCCCAGCCGAGUGUAUUCGUUACAGACCGUACCGUGGAUGGGGGAGACCUCCAGGCAAGAGCGACUAAGGGCCCAUGCCUUCUGCUUACCUCAGGAAAGAAGAGGACGAGCACACUGUCCAGAUGGUGAAGAAAAGUCACACGAAGUAAAAGCGGCCCCUUGGCAGGAGUGGCUUUAUUCCCCCACCUAAUUGAAUGAACUGUAGGUGGGCUUUGUCGCUUGGGAAUCAUCAGUCAGGGAGGCUAGUGGCUGCAGGAGGAUCGGAGAGGUAUAAGAGGAUGUGAAAACCGGAGGAUAAAGUGGGACCAAAACUCAGAGAUCAAAUUAUACCUCUGUGGCAGUCAUCCCCAGAGUGGGGGCCGGGGGGUAGGGUGGGCAUGCUGUGGCUGGGUAAGAGAGGAUCUGAUUCACCCCAGACGUCGAAUCCAUCACAAGGGCAUUUUCGGGAAGUUCCUUUCCUAGCAAGCGUGUCUGCGGAGUGGCACUCACCGCUUCCGUCAUUCAGUCGAGGGUAUUUAUUGAGUGCUUACCGUGUGCCGAGCACUGAACUAACCCCUAGGGAAAGUACAGUAGAUUUGGUAGACACGAUCCUCCUGCCACAACACCGUUCUGAACCCUGAAACUCCAAGGUCCGGUUUUCUUCGGUUUUUCCAAAUUGGCCAGUAUUCUAUGUUGCAAUGAGGGCAUGCCUUCCAAAUGGAGAGAAGGAGUGGUGUUUGAAGCCUCGAGAAAAGUUUGGGUUACUGUCAGUGACAGCAGUAAUCAACCCUGGAGCAUUAUAACUGACUCCUGCCGGGGGUGGAAUUGUUAUCCCAGCGCAGAGCACUUUUCCCGUCAGGGCAGAGCGCUUUUCCAUUUGGAGUAGCACCUCUCCCCGGGGAGACAGAGCUUUGGCUGGGACCAUGAGAAUGUGGGGCGGCAGUGCUCCUGAGGGGAAGAAAGACAGGAUCUUCAUUUUCACAGAUGCCCUUCUUCGUACUUGGCUCCGGCCAGAAGGGCAGCUUUUCUUCCUUCCAAUUCAGUAUCAAGAGAAUUGCCUGAACCCCAUUUGUAUAUAAAGCCCCAGCCUGGCCCUAGGGACUCACUCUUGGGUUAAAGGUGGGAUCCCAGCCCUGAGGAAUUCCCCUGUCUUCAGCUCAGUGACAGGCAGAGAGCGGGAACUCCCGUUCCGAUGGCUUAAGGUGUGUGAGUUUGGUUUCACCAGCAAUAAAACCCCGCGACUGUCAGUGGUGCAGACGGCUACCCCGAGCUGACCGGUCUUGCCCCAGAUAAGUGGGCCAGAAGAGACCGUUUUAGGACCUGUCCUGGCCGAAGGGAGACCCCCUCAAGGUAGGCGUACCCCGAGUACCGUGGUAUUAGACGAGCUACCCGGCAAAUUAACCCGGAAGCCGCCGGAGCGGUCUGUCGUCUCCUACAGGCAGUGUCACUGGCCUUGAGGGUGGCUGAAAGGUAGCUUGCAUUGUGGAACUGAAAAUACAGGAAAAUAAAAUAUCACGUGCCAAACCUGAUGUGCUGCAGUUCAGAAAAAAGCCAAGUCUAGGAUCGCAGGACCAAAUCCCAGCAGCAUCUUGGGAUUCCUCCUUAGUAGGAGGAAGGACUCCAAGACGCUGUCGCUAACCGGCCCGUCAGCGGCAGUGGACAUCAAGGGCUACUGUGUUUUGUGACAAAGCAGCAGUUACAGUGUCCGAAGCGUUUUAGUUCUUAAAGGAUGUAACGGUUUGGUUGUUUUCAUCUGGCGUCAUAGCCGGGUAUAUGGUUCAGUACAUUUCAGAGCUAAUGAGCUGAUAGAUUACCUCUGUGGAUUUAAAAUGUAAUAAUGUGGAUAAUAAUAUAUGGAGAAGUUAGGCCUUAAAAUUAGACCUAAUAAAAUGUAGAAUUUCUCUUUAGAAAGACUGUG